CCCAGCCCACUUUUAGUGACCGGGUCGGUUCCACUCCCACCCUUUCUUCCUCCUAAGUAAUUUCCUCCGAACAAACUACCAAAGAACUGAACAGAGAUGGAGAAGAGAAGGUCAACGAAGGCAAGGAAAGAAGAAGACGAUGAAGACAAUACCAUCUGGUGGUGGCUGGUUGAAAAGGGAAUUAUACCCUCAUUUCUCUGCAUAAGUGUCUUUGCACUUCUGGUGAGAGUCUCCGUCUCACUCCACCCUUACUCUGGUGCUGGAAAUCCACCAAAAUAUGGAGACUACGAAGCACAGAGGCAUUGGAUGGAGAUCACACUCAACCUUCCACCUAAAGAAUGGUAUCGAAAUAGCUCCACUAAUGAUCUCAGCUACUGGGGACUUGACUACCCUCCUCUCACUGCUUACCAGAGCUAUGUCCAUGGUCUUUUCCUCAGAUCCUUCGAUCCCGAGUCGGUUAAGCUUUACACUUCUCGAGGAUACGAGUCUUACUUUGGAAAAUUGCUCAUGAGGUGGACAGUUCUAUCCUCUGAUGCUUUGGUGUUCUUCCCUGCCGUUCUUUAUUUUGUCUUUGCUUAUUAUUCUGGCCGCGGUGGGCGUAAAAGUGAUAUGGCAUGGCACAUUGCGAUGAUUUUACUGAAUCCAUGUCUCAUUUUGAUCGACCAUGGUCAUUUUCAGUACAAUUGUAUUAGCUUGGGGCUUACGGUUGGAGCUGUUGCGGCCAUUCUAUCUAACAGAGACCUUCUUGCUUCUGUCUUGUUCAGUCUUGCUCUCAACCACAAGCAGGAUGCUUUGAAAGAUAUAGGAUCAAUCAGCCUAUGUUGGUUAGAGAUUUCAAUGGGAAUGGAGGGAUUGUUGAUUGUUUUCUAUUUCGAUUUUACUUUCAGUAUUUAUCCAUCAAAUAAAUCCUAUCAAUCAGGAGUAGCAGCUUUGCUUUCAGUUUCAGGUAGUUACUGCAGCCAUCUCUUGGGUAGGUGCUUAAGGCGGCGGAAUCCACUUUUUGAGGUUUUCAAAUUGGGAUGUGUGGUAUUAGGAACAUUUGCAAUUGUUUGGUGGCCGUACAUUCAUUCAUUUCAUUCUAUUUCUGAGGUGCUCUCUCGUCUAGCUCCCUUUGAGAGGGGUAUAUACGAGGAUUAUGUGGCUAAUUUUUGGUGCACCACGUCUGUCCUCAUAAAGUGGAAGAGAUUGUUCACCACACCAUCAUUGAAGGUUCUCAGUCUUGCUGCCACUAUUUCUACAUGUCUGCCUUCAAUGGUUCGGCAAGUAUGGUCUCCAAGCAGCCAAAAUUUCUUGUAUGGGCUGCUAAACAGUGCUUUGUCAUUCUACUUAUUCUCAUUUCAAGGUAUGUAA